GCAGAACGGACCUGGUGGCAUACUGAAGUCGAGGGAGGCCUCAAGAAGAUAGGUAAAUGCCGUACCCGCAAGCCUCAACCGGCCCUGGGUUCGUUGAUCAACAUUUCCAAUGCCUGCCGGGGGGACAGUGGUGUUGAGAACUAAAUCAGUGCGGUCGCUGUGAUACGAAACCUCCUAGUCUCAGGAUGACGGGACGGUACAGUGCGGGCCCUGUAGGCAAGUGGCCGCCACAUCCGUGUGCAGAGGACCUCGUUCUCGUCGUCUAGACCGUACAGACACAUUCCUUAUAUCGUAGAAGACGAAGAAGUAACCUCAAAGAAAAGAUGCGGAUCGUUACUGUGAGCCUCGACCUACCCGCCUCCUGGAGAAUCAUCCUUCUGGCAGCUGCAUCGUCCAUCGUUCGGCCCGGAACAUCUGGGCCUUUCGCUCUAGCCGCAACUGGAGGCGGAAGCAUGUUGGGUGACGUCAACAUCUCGGCCAUUUUAGAUUCCUUCAGCGCAAGUUACGACAAAAGAGUAAGACCUAAUUAUGGAGGUACGCCCGUUGAAGUCGGGAUCACCAUGUACGUCCUCAGUAUCAGCUCCCUCUCUGAAGUAAAAAUGGACUUCACGUUGGAUUUCUACUUCCGUCAAUUCUGGACAGACCCAAGGCUUGCGUUCCGGAAGAGACCCGGUGUCGAGACCCUGUCGGUGGGAUCAGAGUUCAUCAAGAACAUUUGGGUGCCGGACACAUUCUUCGUGAACGAGAAGCAGUCGUAUUUCCACAUCGCGACCACAAGCAACGAGUUCAUCCGUAUUCAUCACUCCGGCAGCAUCACGAGGAGUAUACGGUUGACUAUUACAGCAUCCUGCCCAAUGAACCUUCAGUAUUUCCCGAUGGACAGACAACUGUGCCACAUUGAGAUUGAGAGCUUUGGAUACACAAUGCGUGACAUUCGAUACAAAUGGCAUGACGGAACAAAGUCAGUAGGUAUCUCCAGCGAGGUUCAACUUCCUCAAUUCCGUGUCCUCGGGCAUAGACAGAGGGCGACCGAAAUUAACCUGUCCACAGGAAAUUACUCUCGUCUGGCAUGCGAGAUCCAGUUCGUUCGUUCCAUGGGCUACUACCUCAUCCAGAUCUACAUCCCAUCUGGACUGAUCGUCAUCAUCUCGUGGGUCAGUUUCUGGCUGAACCGGAACGCGACACCCGCCAGGGUAGCUCUGGGAGUCACCACAGUGCUCACGAUGACAACCCUCAUGUCAUCCACCAACGCUGCUCUGCCCAAGAUCUCCUAUGUGAAAUCCAUCGACGUCUACCUGGGGACAUGCUUCGUUAUGGUCUUCGCAUCGCUGCUAGAAUACGCUACUGUUGGGUACAUGGCAAAGAGAAUUCAAAUGCGGAAAAAUCGCUUCCUUGCCAUCCAGAAGAUCGCGGAGCAGAAGAAGGCUGGUUUGGAAGCGGCCCAUGGACCACCCCCCGGACCCCCAGGGGAAGGUGACCAUGCGCCGAAACAAACAGUGAGUGUCGCCAGCCAAAACUGCAGCUCCAUCCCGCGGGGUCACGACGCACAGCCGCAUGGGGAGGUACGGUUCAAAGUUCACGAUCCGAAGGUUCACUCGAAGGGCGGUACGCUGGAGAACACUAUCAACGGGCGGACAGACGAGGAAGCCGCGGCCCCAGCACCCCAACACCUCAUCCACCCGGGUAAGGACAUCAACAAGUUGUACGGAAUCACGCCCAGCGACAUCGACAAGUAUUCUCGAAUCGUAUUUCCCGUCUGCUUCAUCUGCUUCAACCUCAUGUACUGGAUCAUCUACCUGCACAUCAGCGACGUCGUAGCAGACGACCUGGUGCUCCUCGACGAGGAGAAGUAGGGGUGUGGACUCCGCACCGCACGACUUCCUCGCAUUAAUCCUAUCACACUUCUCAAAACACUGACCUUAAGUAUAUUAAUUGCAAAAAAAAUCAGAGUUAAACAUGCCAGGUUAUCACAUUGCAAAUAUGUGCUGUAUUCUAAAAGAAAAAUGACUUCUCCAUCUGGCAUCCGAAAUAGUGCUGCCUGUCCCAGGCUGUGUUUUAGAGUUCUAUGAUGGAACUUUUUGAUGGGUGUAGACGAUGAACCAUGUAGAAUGAAGUGUGUAUUCUUCUACUCGAUACAGAAAAACCAAGAUUAGUAGAUUGGACAAAGAUAUUCAGUUCAAAACGUAGUGUGAACUAGAAACAGUUAUGUGUCGGCUUGCAUAGACUAGAAACAACCAAUCAUUAUGAGCCGGACCGCGGAAAGCGUAAAUUCAAUGGCAGUUUCUGAAGCUCAUCGUUGCCAAGGAGAUUAUUUUCCGCACGAGAUGCAACUCUUUUGUCUUGUAAUGAGGCAAAAUCAAGAGUCAACAUGACGUAGGAAAGGAAACAUAGCUGGUACGCCUUUCUAUCCCAUCCCCUCGAGUAACACAUGGAGUAGACAACUUCCUUCCGUGAAUCUAGUCAACGCAAACUUCUCAUUCUCGCAAAGAAAACAUGGAACAAACUGAGAGGGAUUUCUUAACACGUAUGCAUGGAAAAUUACGUAGUUGGUGAGAUAGCUUAAGGACUAAGGACGAAGGACGACGUAUGCGAUUUAGAAGUACUGAUUACAUUUCGUUAGACCUACUGCAAGCAUAAGCUAAUAUGAUUUUUCGCUCUCUCAGCGAUAUAUUUUUAAAAUAUAGAAUAUACUGUUACAUAUAUAGAUUGAGACCACAAUUGUUUAUGUGGAUACAUAUAUAUAUACAUACAUACACGCAUAAAUAGUUGUAUCUGACUUGUCGCCCUAAAGUAACGUAACUUUAAAUUACAAGUGAACCGCCAAAUUCUAGUUUUAUUAAUCCCGUGUAAGAUUUGACGUUUUCACGGCGGUGAAUACUAAGAUGGCUGUCCUAUGGGUUGUUUCGCCGUGCAGUCUCGUAGAAGUUUACCGAUGUUUCAGAGGUCUUAGCUGCC